UAGUCGUCACAAUGUGUACAUGCCGUUGUCUGAACGAAACAAUUCACUGAAGAAACAUCGACUGUUUUUUUCUGAUGAAAAUCUCAAUAUCUGUGAUAAAUAUCUACGAAUAGUGAUUAAUAAUCAUUGGACUAGAGUUACCUCUACCAGCAGAUUUCGUGAAGUUUUAAACAUCUAUCAAGGAGAAUUUUGUGAAUAUACAACGUAAGCAGGGUACAAAAGACGUAUUCAGAAAUUUAAAAAAGAAAGUCAUUUUAGUGUCAAUAGAUUUUAUUAGACGUUAUGGGGUGUUUAAAACUGAACCAAAGUUGGGUUAACAUCAUGGGACGAAAAUUAAAUACUGGAUCAUAAUGAAUGAUCCCUUUUCAAUUCCAUUUGAUUCUAUCCAAAAAAGUUCAGUAAAAGGAGGGGAGGUAAACUUUGCGACCUAGGACUGGAAAAACAGCUGGUGAAGUAAAGACUAGAAAUAAGUAAUUUUGCAGACGCUAUCCAGUGCUCGAAAAAUGAACUCGCUGAAUAAUUCUUCCAAGUCUAUGAUUGGUUUGACAGGACCCGCUAGUAGCAACAAAGACAAACAAAAACAAAUAAACUAGUGUCAAUAUUUAAAUAGAUAUCUAUAUUAGCCAGAAUGACGCAACAAAGUGGUGCCGGUUCGCCGCAACAGUUUUGCCUGCGGUGGAACAACUAUCAAACAAAUUUGACUAAUGUAUUUGACCAAUUGCUGCAAAGCGAAAGCUUUGUCGACGUAACACUUGCCUGUGAUGGACAUUCGGUAAAAGCUCACAAAAUGGUACUUUCUGCCUGUAGCCCAUAUUUCCAGACUUUGUUCUUCGAAAAUCCCUGCCACCACCCGAUAGUGAUAAUGAAAGAUAUUAAGUGGCCAGAGCUUAAAGCUGCGGUUGAGUUCAUGUACAAAGGGGAAAUAAACGUCUCACAAGAGCAGAUUGGGCCUUUGUUGAAGGUUGCUGAGUGCUUGAAAAUCCGCGGGCUGGCAGACGUCAACAAUGAACACGAAUUGGUUUCCAAGCCGAUGCAAACCAGCCAACAGCAACAACAGCAAGCUCAGCAACAACAGCAGCAACAACAACAACAACAGCAACAACAAUUACAGCAACAACUGCAACAACAACUGCAACCAGAGCCAGUUUCGUCCCCGGCAAAUUCGAUUCACAAUCACAACAGCAGGAAAAAACGCCGCAGAGUGUCCAGUGAACGGUCUCCAGUGAGUGUUAAUGACAGUCCUGAGCACCACAGUUUGUGUAUGACUGAAGACAAUGACCACUCGUCAGUGAUGUCGGAAGUGCAGAACCUGGUGGCUUCGUCGACACCGAGGUCGCUGAGCUCACCAAGCAUGCCAAGCAUUUCAGUGACACCCCAGAUAAACUUGCAAGAUCUUCCAGUGUCGUUGGCGCUACCACCGCCGGUCUCAGUCAGCCAAAGCCCUCACCCUGUUAUAUCCCACCACGUGCCAGUCCACGUGACACCCACUGGCCACCCGUCCGUCAACCACCUUGGUGCUCACCACGUGGCUCAGCUCUCGGUACACCAGCAACAGGCACAACAGGCCCACCAACAGGCUCAUCAGCAUCAACAGUCACUUAGUAGUCAGUCUAAUCUUAUUGAUGACCUCGAGAUCAAGCCCGGUAUUGCUGAGAUGAUUCGCGAGGAGGAAAGGGCCAAGUUGUUGGAAUCAUCCCACGCUUGGCUCGGCGCCUCCACCUCCAAUAUAUCAGCAGAUAGCUAUCAGUAUCAGCUGCAGUCGCUCUGGCAGAAGUGUUGGAACACUAAUUCUGGGCUGGUGCAUAAUCUGCGCUUUCGUGAACGUGGACCACUUAAGUCAUGGAGACCGGAAACUAUGGCUGAAGCGAUCUUCAGUGUUUUGAAGGAAGGGCUAUCGUUAAGUCAAGCUGCAAGAAAAUAUGAUAUUCCAUAUCCAACAUUCGUUCUUUACGCGAAUCGAGUGCAUAAUAUGCUUGGACCAAGUUCCGAUGGUAGUGCUGAUCUUCGGCCAAAAGGAAGGGGCCGACCUCAAAGGAUUCUUUUGGGAGUUUGGCCGGACGAGCAUAUCCGGGGUGUGAUUAGAGCGGUGGUGUUUCGCGACGGAAAUAUUGUGAAAGAGGAACCGACCCCGUUAUAUCCAAGUCUAGCGAAUUAUGCGUGCAAUGGACCAGAGGGCGCGGUAAGCCCUAGCGCUGCUGCGGCUGCUGCGGUUGCCGCGGUCGCCCAAGGUCUCCGACACCAGAUGUGCAGUAUGGUAGCGGCUGCCCAGUCUCAUCCUCACGAUAUGGUAGCAACGAAUCUCUCGGCAAACUUCCAGGCGGCCGUGCAAGUCAGUCAACAUCACUUAAACAAUAAUAGCGGAGCAAGUAAUAACAAUAACAGCAAUAACAACAGAAAUUCACCUUUGAUGCUCGGACUGCCAAGCCCGGGGUCAGGGGGACCACCAGAAAGUCCAAUGGAAGGGAGUCCAUUGGCGAGUCCACUGGCACCCUUGAUGGAUCCAGCUCACAUACCCAGUAGUGUUGAGGUAGGGAUCGGUAUCGGGGGUUUGGGCGGACUUGGAGGACUCGGUGCAAUAAGUGGGAUGCAUUAUAAGCCACAACGAAGUUUCAUAAGCCCACGACCUGAAAAUAUCUUCCAAGAAGACAUUGCUGAUUUGGUUAAAAGUCAACACGGGCACAAAGACAAAGACAAAGUCCCGGUUAAACUUGAACCACUCACUGACUCUCGUAGUGAACAGUAAUUUUACUUAAACUAUAUUAUUAUUAUUAUUAUUAAUUAAAUAAUUAAUUAAUUAAUUAACUAAGCAAUAAAAGUAAACUUUUGUUGUUUUUUGCUAAAUAUUCCAUCAAUCUCGACGACUCAAUGAUUUAUACUAGAGUGAUUGAUAUUAAAUGUCAGACUAGCUUGUUUUUAAAAUAAUAAAACAUUUAAUGUUUAUUUUUUAAAACGUAAACGCUGUGAGUCAAGUUACACAUUUUAAAACAAAUGGUGAUAAAAUAUUGUCAUUGUUGUAAAAACGGGCCUUGAUUAACAAAAUUAAAAUAAACCUCGAAAAUAUUAAUAACAAUUAAGAAAGUGUAUAAUCAAAAAUGGGAGCGAGUCUUGUAAAAAUUUAUUGUCUCGUCCGAGUGUUGAAAACGUUUUUACGUAUCUCUCUUAUAUUUAAAAGUAAACAAUUAAUUUUCUGUAAAACAUUAACAAUUAUUAUUAUUAUAAUUAUAAAUAUAUACAUAUUAAAAAAUAAUUUAUUUAUUAUUAUUAUUAUUAUUAUCUUUUAAUUAUUUUAGUCAAUAUAUUGUGGACUUAAAUGUGCGCCAAAAUUAAAGUGAUCGUGGUUUUAGAGAAUAAUUGAUAAUAAACAAUCGGAAGUAAUAAAUAAAUAAAUGAAAUUUUUAUUAAUAAAUUAGAUUGGUCAAGUAAGUGAUAGAAAAACAUUUCGAGUUAAACUUAUAAACUAGCUAACACGUAAUUGAUAUGUAUGCAUAUUAUAUAUGUUAAUGCCAAAUGUAUAAUAGUUGAAUAAGAAUCGGUUGCAUGUUAUAGUGGAGAAUUUUCAAAUAAAAUAAAUAAAAAAUCAUUAAUAAAAACAAUAGUAAUAAAAUAACAUAAUAAAACUAAUAAUUAUAAUAAUAAUGUAAUGAUAAUACAAUUAUUUACAUAAUAAUGAAAUUAUCACAGCCUUUUGCAAGAUAAAAAAAAGUUUAGAAAGGAUUUAAAUAAUAUGAUGUGAGAUAAUUGAGGUACAAGUUUAUCCUUUGAGUUACGUGUGUCAGAAUUACUCAUAUAUAUUAAUAUUAAUAUUAAAUUUAAUUGAUGAACGGAGUUGGUUUAUAAAUUAAUUUUGCAUACAAUGAUGGUGAAUAUAUUUAACGCAAUGACAUUGCCUGCAAUUUUCUAGUCAUAAAAUCUUAAUGAAUUAUUGUACACAUUGUAAUUCGACACGCGCAGCUCUAGAUUUUAAAACAAUUAAUUUUUUUAUUAUUUACUGUUAGUUAUUACUUUUAUUUUUUUAACGUUAAAUUUAUUUAAUAAAAUUCAACUUUAUUUUUUUUUUUAUUUGCUUACUUUUGUAAAAUUGUUUUAUUGUAAAUUAUAAUAAUGCCAGUAUCUCACUUGCUACUUGUAUUACUACAGAAAAAAAUGUACAAAAUUUGUCACUGUCUUGGAAAGAGAGGAAAAAAAUUCAAGGUUCUCUGACGGUCACUCUUUACUUUUUAAUAAGCCUAAAAAAAUCACAAGUACUAUAUUAUGUUGUAAUUUUAUAAAUUAUAAUAAAACUAUCAUGUGGAUUUAAAUAAAAAUUACUUAUGUUAUCGACAAACAAUUAAAUUAAAUUAAAUUUAGUUAGUAAACUUGAAAGUCGAAAUGUUGAAUUGUAACGUUACGAUCGAUUUUUUUAUGUCAUUGUAGGGUUUAAUGACAAGAAUUAUAAAUACUUUUUUAUAAACUCUAUUAAUAUAACUAUUUUAAUAUUAAAAAGUAUGGAGCGCUAUCAGAGAAUUCCAGGGAAAAAGACUAUAUUUUUAUCAUAUGCAAUUAGAUCUGAUCAUAAAUGAUUCAACUCUAUGAAGUCAGAUGUAACAUUUGGCUCUAUUUAAACAUAUAUGAAUUAGGCGUGAUCAUUGAUCAGAUAAGAACAAUAUCUGAUUAUAUAUGAUCAAAUCUGAGUAUAUAUGAUCAAAUCUGAGUAUAUAUGAAUAAAUAUAUAUUAAUUUUUCUAUCCUGGAAUGCCUUUAAUAAUUAUAAUUGAUUGAAAAUUGCGGUGCGAAAAAAAAAAACAUUUUAGAUGAAAAUAUAAUUAUUUAAGUGUAAUAAAUUGCCUUCCUGCCAUAUUUGGGGUAUGCCAAGUAUAAAAUUUAUAAGGUUUAGAAAAUAAAUAAAAGAAACUAAAAUUAAAAAUAAAUAAAAAUUUAGACUGGAUCUUUGAUGACUAAAGAUAAUACUUGAAGAUUGUAGGUAUGAAUGAUUAUUUAUGAUUAAAAAUGAUUGUGAUUAGAUGUGAAUGUUUUAUCUUAAUAUGUAUUAAUGAAUAUUUAUUUAUUAACUGAUAAUUAAUAUUUGGCAUUUUUUUGUUACUUAAUAAAGUUAUUUUUAAAAUAAAAUAGAUUGUGCUAUUUUUCAAAAUUGAUACUGUACGUUAUUUCGGUCAAGGGACCUUUUUUAGGAUUUUCGAUCACUCGGAUAUUUAAUGCUAUCGAACGGUCUGACAAUUCUGAAAAAAAAAAAAAAAAAAUAAACAAAUAAAAUUUUAGUAUGUUAGAAAAAAUUCGAAGUGGCCUUUCAAAAAAAAAAAUUGUAAAUUACAAAAUAAGAAAACAAAUCUCAAAGAGAAACUUGUUUUUGGCUUUCCCAUUUGUGUCUAGGAAUUGAAAAGAAAGUUCUCGCACGCUUCGGUCGUUUAAAUAUUUUCUUAAAUCAUUAAUUACUUGAUAUUACUCCAGUAUUUUUGUUCUUAUACUGGACUAAUAUUAAUAAAUUAAAAUUAAAUGAACUAAAAACAAAUUUUUGGAUAUAAAAAAAAAUUAAAAAUUCGUUCCAAUUAGCACAGUUGGUAAUUAAUAUUUAACAAAAAAAAAUAUUCUUGAUAGAAAAGUUUUUGUGCGAAAAAAAUUCAAAAAAAAAAAAAUAAUAUAAAACGUAAUUAUUAAAAUUAACAUUACUUACCAAAAGUGCGAAGGAGACGUUCUUUGUUACGUAUAAAUUAAAGAAGAAAAAAAAAGUUAUCCACUGGCUACCGAUCUCCUUCAUUGAUAAAAAUUGUAUACGUACCAUUUCUUACUUCCGAUAAUAUUUGCUAAAAAUGAACGGAAAGACGUGAUUCAUACUUAAAAUUUUUACUAUUGAAGCUUAAAUGUGUUCAUAUAAAAGCUAACUGCGACAUAAAUAUGAAGUAAUUGCAUGUUUUGAGAGGUUGAUUACGGGAAUGAAAUAUAAAAAAAUUUCGAGAAAGAGUGAACGAGAGAGAGGAUAAAUGAACUAUAUGACUCACAUGUGAUUUUAUAUGAACCAUAUAUGAUCACAUAUGAAUAAUAUUUGUGAGACCGAGCGAGCGAGUGUGCAGCAGAUGUAUGUGAGCGUAUGGGUGAAAAAAAAAAGAAAAUACUAAAUCAAUAAAAUAAUAUAUUAAAAAAGUAAAAAAAAAAAGUAGUAAGUGCCUUCCAAAAAAAAUUAAAGAGUCCCGUAGAUCGUGACCAGUAAGCGAAAUAAUUCGAUAAUUUCGUGUUAAUAGUGUAUUAUUAAAAUUGAGAU